UUUAUAUAGUUUUUAAAAUGUUUUUGUAUAUUUUUUCUGUGAAGAUUAUAAAAAUGAAUUAUUUUAAAUUUGGCUAUGUGUGUCUUUCUGUAAAGACAUAAAUGUUUACUGUGAUUGUUACGCUUUUUCUGUUAGCCUACAAACCGACCGACCAGAGAAGAAAAGGGUUACAUGGCCCUCACAAAAAAAGUUUGUCCUUUAAACAAAUUCAACUAGAAAGGAGCGUAAAAGUGUCAAGGGAAUUAUUGCCUAAAGUUGUAUCUUAAACAAAAUGAGGAAAUAAUGUUGUUUUAACGUUUUUUUUUUUUUUCUUGGUGACAAAGUUUCAAAACUAAGCUGUAAAGUCGUGAGAGUGCCUGCCUUCGAUCCUCCUGCAUGUGCUUGCGUGUUGUGUCACAGCAGGACAGAAGUUGAUGUGCGGCUUUUGGCGUUUAAGUAAAACGGGGAGGAGGCGGGGUCUGACGUCACGAUCGGCUUCAUAGAUAAUCCGCCACCUUCGCCGUGAACCGCCGUGUCCACCCUCGUCAAAGGGAGCCGCUAAUCCGGCGGUGAGCGCAGAGAAGACGCACGGACGGACGCGCCCCCCGCUCCACGCGCACUGCGCGUAGCAGGAGCGCAGCAGAUGGAGACGUGAGUCCGCGCUGAGCGCAGCCAGCCCCCCUCCCGCAGCCGAAGCGCCGCACUCACGCGCGCAGAACCCCUCCAAAGAAGAUGGGCUCGGCGGGCGCGGAGCUGCUCGUCACACUUCAGAUCCUGCCCGGGUUCUUCUCCAAUUGCCUCUUCAUGGCUCUGUACGACUCGGUGGUGCUGCUGAAGCGCGUCGUGUCGCUUCUCAGCUGCUCGCGCUCCGUCAGCUGCGGAGAGUGGCGCCGCAUGCUCACCUCUGCGGGGCUGCGCGCCAUCUGGAACAGCUUUCUUCUGGAUGCCUACAAGCAGGUCAAACUUGGCCGUGAAGCACCAAACUCUAAGGUGGUGAAGGUUCCUGAAAGUUCUCGUUGGAGCAGCGCCAUCAACAGCGUGACUAGUGUCCCCCGUGGCGCCAGAACCCAAACCGGAGACGAGUGCCGCCUCCUGGAUUUUGAGUCCUCAGACCGCCCUCUGGUGGUCAACUUCGGCUCGGCGACCUGACCCCCGUUCAUCAGCCACCUGCCAGCGUUCCGGCAGCUGGUGGAGGACUUCAGUGACGUGGCUGACUUCCUGCUGGUUUACAUCGACGAGGCUCACCCGUCUGACGGCUGGGUGGCUCCCCAGAUGGGGCCUUGCUCCUUCAGUUUCCGGAAGCACCAGAACCUGGAGGAGAGAAUGGGGGCGGCGCGGCAACUCAUUGAGCACUUUUCCCUACCGCCACAGUGCCAGUUAGUGGCUGACUGCAUGGACAACAACGCCAACGUGGCGUACGGCGUCUCCAACGAACGGGUGUGCAUAGUGCACCAGAGAAAGAUCGCCUACCUGGGCGGGAAGGGGCCGUUUUUCUACAACUUGAAGGAGGUGCGCCAGUGGCUGGAGCAGCUGCGGUAGGACUAAUCAAAAUCGAGAGAAGAGGAGGAAGUGCCUUUCUACCAGAUGGGGAAAAAAAGAUCAGAAAAACUGCCUGACUUGACGUUUCCUCUGCCUUUGAGCUGUAAAGAAUUCAACCGAUCCAACUCAGCAUCAACGUGAGGAUCUGCAUCCACCACAGCUCAUAAACAAACAGCUUUUGCAUAUUUGUAAAAUAAUAGAAUUUCUUAAUUUAAUAAUUGUAUAUGAAUGAAUAAUCUUUUUAUAGAGAUACCUUUUCUGCCAAAAUCACACUCUGCUAUAAGACCUUUAUUUAUACACAACAAACUGAUUACAGUUUUUAGGUUUAUAUAAGAGAUUCAAAGUAGAUUUAAUGUGGCUUCAUUGUAAAAUCUCAGUUUAUCUGGAGGUCACGGAUGAACGCCCACAAACCAGGCUGGUUUCUGCGAAGCAUUCGUCUUGUUUUCCUAAUCUAUCCUCCCGAGCUUUCCGCACACACUCUGGCCUAUUGUCUUACUGGAGAAAUGUUCUGUCCAGUCAGCGCCGUCUUAUGUUCCUUCAGGGAUUUCUCUGUAGCUCUCCUCUUGCCAAGUGACUGUUGACACAGUCUCGCACAUGCGUCAGCUCGGUCCGAUCAGUCACAAACGCACAUCUGCAAGUUGUAGAAAAGUUGCUGCAACUUGGGGAUGCUGAAGGGCUGUUAGCGGAGUUGUUGGUAAUUGAGCUGGGCUCUGUUGGGAAGAAAUCCACGCUGUGGAGGUGAGAUCAUCGUUAUACUGUAAUGACGUCUAUAAUUGGAUUUAGCAAACAUUUAGGUAUUUUUAGGGCCGACUUUACAACAUUUUAUAUUUGAAUCAAAUCACACAUGAUGUUUUGUAGAAAAAAAAACAUUUAUUGCAGUUAUAUAUAUAUAUAUAUAUAUAUAUAUAUAUAUAUAUUUAUGCCUUUUAAAAUAUUUUACAUAGAAAUUUAGCCAUUUUUUACUCUAAACAUUUUUUUAAUGUGAAUAUAAUUAAAAAAUAUUAAUUUAUGUUCAAUCAUAAAUGAAAAUGCACAGUGAACCUGUAAAAUGACAUUUAUUCAGAAGUUUAGGUGUGAUAUUUAGCCUUAUUUCCUUUAAUAGUUUUUAGUAUAUUGUAUUUUCCAGCACUUUGAAAGCAAUAUAGAUACAACAAAAGGAAAAGUUUCCAGUAAUAAUGCCCUUUAAGUCAUAUUUUAGUCAAAAAAGCGUAAUACAAUCCCAUUUAUCCCACCGAUUCUAUUUUAUUUGACAGUUUUUUAGAAUUAAAUUGUGGAUUUUUUUUAGUGCUGGAAGAAAAACGAACACGUGCCGUAGUAAUCAUUUACUCUUUUCAUUCUCAUUGCUGCUGCUGACAUUCUAUGAUAUCUGCAAUGUGAUGCUUUAGCAACUUUUCUGUGCUUUCCCAUCUUCUUUGUUUGCGGCAGGACGAAACUAAGACUUACAAACCAUCAUUUUUGUCUAACCUCAGUUUCCAUGCAGCUCCAGUCUAACACUAUUCGGUUUUAUCUCUAAAUUUCU